AUGAAGAAGGAAAUAAUCAAGUUGUUAGAUGUUGGUGUGAUCUACCCAAUUUCAGACAGUAAAUGGGUUAGUCCAGUCCAAGUAGUUCCUAAGAAAUCUAGAAUAACCGUGGUAAAGAAUGAAGAUAAUGACUUAGUUCCCACUCGCAUUCAAACGGGAUGGCGAGUGUGCAUAGACUACUGCAAGCUCAAUGCCACAAUGCGCAAAGAUCAUUGUCCUCUUCCAUUUGUCGAUCAAAUGCUUGAACGUUUAGCGGGCCAUUCUCACUAUUGUUUUCUUGAUGGAUUUUCAAGUUAUAAUCAAAUUGUGAUUGCACCGGAGGAUCAAGAGAAGACGACGUUUACAUGCCCCUUUGGCACUUUUGCUUAUCGACGCAUGCCAUUUCGCCUUUGUAAUGCACCCGCCACCUUUCAAAGGUGCAUGGUAAGUAUUUUCUCCGAUUACAUAGAGAACAUUAUAGAGGUAUUUAUUGAUGAUUUUAGUGUCUAUGGAAACUCAUUUGAUAAUUGUUUGGGUAAUUUGACAUUAGUUCUUACAAGAUGCAUAGAAACUAAUCUCGUUUUAAAUUGGGAAAAAUGCCAUUUUAUGGUAAAUCAAGGGAUGGCUGUAGGGCAUAUUAUCUCAUCUAGGAUGAUUGAAGUUGAUAAAGAUAAAAUAGAUCUUGCACGUUCCUUACCACCUCCCACUUGUGUGAGAGAGGUACGUUCUUUUCUUGGACAUGCAGGAUUUUAUAGGAGAUUUAUCAAGGAUUUCUCCAAGAUCGCAAGGCCUUUAUGCUGUUUGUUACAAAAAGAGGUAGCGUUUGAGUUCAAUGAAGAGCAUAUAAAGGCGUUUGAGAAACUAAAGGAACUCCUAACCACAGCCCCAAUUAUUCAGCCACCUGAUUGGAGUCUUCCAUUCGAGUUGAUGUGCGACGCAAGCAAUUAUGCCAUUGGAGCCGUGUUGGGACAACGAGUUGGAAAGUUACCACAUGCCAUUUAUUAUGCUUCAAGAACCCCACCCAACAUGUCGCGUGCUAGCAAGGAUAAACUGAAGAAGAUCGCCAAGCAAUACGUGUGGGAUGAUCCAUAUCUUUGGAAAUAUUGCCCCGACCAAAUCAUAAGAAGGUGCGUUUCUGAAAACGCAUAUUGUUUUUGCAAAACAUGUGAUAGAUGUCAACGCUCAGGUAAUUUAGGUGCAAGAAAUCAAAUGCCCCAAGAUCCAAUUUUAUUUGUUGAGAUUUUUGAUGUAUGGAAUAUUGAUUUCAUGAGACCCUUUCCGUCUUUUUAUGGUUACUUUUAUAUCUUACUUGCUGUUGAUUAUGUGUCUAAAUGAGUAGAAGCAAAGGCCACCCGAACUAAUGAUUCUAAAGUUGUUGUAGAUUUUGUAAAAUCUAACAUUUUUGCAAGGUUUGGAACACCUAGAGCCAUAAUUAGUGACGGGGGCACUCAUUUUUGCAACCGUACAUUUUGGGCUACCUUGAAGAAAUACAACGUCCCCCACAAGAUCUCUACGCCAUACCACCCACAAACGAGUGGACAAGCCGAAGUCUCUAAUCGGGAAAUCAAGUCCAUCUUACAAAAAACCGUGAAUCCAAAUAGGAAAGAUUGGAGCUUGUGACUUGACGACGCAUUGUGGGCGUAUAGGACAGCAUAUAAGACACCAAUUGGAAUGUCCCCAUUCCGAAUGGUUUAUGGUAAACCAUGUCACCUUCCCGUUGAAUUAGAGCAUAGAGCCUAUUGGGCAAUUAAGUAGUGCAAUAUGAAACUAGAUGCAGUGGGAGAACAACGAAAAUUGCAAUUGAAUGAACUUGAGGAGAUACGGAAUGAAGCUUAUGAAAGUUCACGUAUUUACAAGGACAAAACAAAGGCCUUCCAUGAUAGAACGAUCCAGCGAAAGCAUUUUGAAGCUAGACAAAAAGUUCUUCUAAUCCAUUCACAUCUUAAACUUUUUCCCGGUAAGUUACGUUCCCGUUGGGUUGGUCCUUUUGUGAUUACUAAUGUUUUUCCCAAGGGUGCAGUGAAAAUUAAGAGCAUGAAGAAUGGGAAAGACUUCAAGGUCAAUGGCCAUCGUCUAAAGCCAUACUACGAGCCAUUCAUGGGACAAUUGGAUGAAGUACCUCUCCAUGAACCAACGGACAUGGACGGUUAA